AUGCAGAGAUUCAGGUAUUCAACCCUGACCGCCUUUCGUGUCUUCGACCGAUAUAGCUCGCACCGCACCCUUCCCCUACUAUAGAAUCAUUUUUUCAAUUUUUCUUUUUAGUACUUAAAUUUGCUACAGUAGAAACGACAAUGGGAAGACUUCUGUGAGCUGCACACCGUUUACACAAAAAUGACAAUUUUUAUUUGUACGUGAGUAACGAGCUAGAAUAAACAAAACGUUGUAUAAUAACGUUGUAUAAUACCAGAUAAUAUGUUAUAAAGUGUCGCUAUUCGUACGUAUUUGUACAACUUUUGCAUCAACUUAACAAUGAAAUAUAAACGAUAAAUAUAAACGUUAAAGCGUUUAUCCCUAAUAUAAUCUGUUAAUCGAUCGAACACGUUUUAUAGUAUUUACUGCUUGAGAUAUACUUCAGAUGUACAACAAAUGUCGAACUUGAUCGAGAUAUCGAUCGAUGGAUACAUCACUUUUCAACGUUUCACUACAUGGUAGUGUCGAUUCAUUCGACUCGUAACUUCAUUCACGUGUGUACGUUUUCAAUGGGCCAGAAGUAUUUUGAGGUUAUGUAUAAUCUCACCAGGCGAUAUGUAUUUCAUUUUACCAAGCUGGACGUAACAGUUGAUACAGUGCAAAGAUUUUGAUAGAUUUUUCGAUCGUAAAAUGUCGGACGUUACAAAUUUGAAUAAUAUAUCGAUAGAUUGUAAGAGGUAGUAUCUCCAUAAAAUGUGAUAUCGUUGAUUAUUGAUAUUGUAUCUUCGCACGAAUCGUCGUACAAAACUCAGAUAUGAAAUUUUGGUUGUUUCGAUUACAUAAUUACGGUGUAUGCCGUAAUUUGAAAUUACGGCACUUUGGACAUGCGACUUUGUAUAGAAACGCUGAGUCGAUCGAAGCAAAAGUAGAUCCAAGGAUUCUGGCUCUCAGAGAUAAAUUGCUGUAUUGUGAUUACUUAGAUUCUGGAAAGGUGAAAAUGGGGUUUCUAAAGCGGAAAAAGUUGGAGAAAUUGAAAUUCGACUAUGAGAAAAUGCAAAGGUAUGAAGAAAUUGCUCAUAAACCUGCUUUCAGUAUACUGCUGAACGAUCUAACGGAAGGUAAAAAUAAGAUCGUCUUUGGCCAAGAAGAAAAGAAAACGGAGGACAAUAAUUCUGAAAAGGAAACUGUAGUAAAACGAAAGCCUGUACACAUGCCUUACGAGAUGGUAGAUUCGUAUGAAAUAAUCGAUUCGAGAAUAUCGGAUGACACUGAAGAAACGAGUUCGUUUCAAUUAAACGAAGAAUACAAGAAUUUGUACGAAAAGUAUUUGGAGAUGAAGAAGAGCGGUUUGAGCGAGCUUAGUUUCAAAGAUUUCAUAAAGUCCAUGGAAGACGAUGUCGAUGGAUCGGAUACGGACGAUCUGCCAAAUGCAGAGUUGCGGAAAGUUUCAGAUACUUGGAUGUCCGAUUACGAACAGUUCGACGACACUUUGCUCAACGUGAAUUGUUACGGUACAUCGGAUCCUAAUUCGAAAAUAAGUUGUGUACCGUGCGGUGGUUGUGGUGCAUUAUUGCACUGCAGGGAUCCAGCGAUCCCUGGAUAUUUACCGUCGGAAUUGUUUUCGUUUAAAAGCGACGAAGACUUGAAAUCCAUGACAUGUCAAAGGUGUCAUUUUUUAAGGUUCUACAACACGGCUUUAGAAGUGAAAGUAUCGAUCGAAGAUUAUCCCAAGUUAUUGAGAGUGAUCAAAAGUAAAAAAUGCGCCGUCAUACUGAUAAUCGAUCUGACCGAUUUCCCUUGCAGUAUUUGGCCCGAUCUGAAGAGUAUUUUGCAUCCAUUUACUCCUAUUUUCUUGGUCGGGAACAAAAUCGAUCUGUUGCCCACCGAUAGCCCGUCAUUCCUCGAGAACGUAAAACAAUGUUUAGUAGAUUCCGUGAUCAAUGUAACCGGCGUAAAGAGGGAAAACAUUACGCACGUGCAACUUACCUCCGCGAAAACUGGCUACGGCAUAGAGCAUCUUAUAAAUAAGUUGCAAUACAAGUGGCGUCACAAAGGUGACGUUUAUUUGGUUGGUUGUACAAACGUUGGCAAAUCUUCCUUGUUCAAUACUUUGUUAAAUUCUGAUUAUUGUAAAGUACAAGCUAUCGAUCUGGUGCAACGCGCAACGGUGUCUGCUUGGCCAGGAACUACGUUAAACUUACUCAAGUUUCCAAUUUUAAAUCCGACUGAUGAAAAACGUUGGUUAAGAACAGUAAGGCUUAUCAAUGAGAGGUUUUAUAGGACGCAAGAAUCACAUUACAAGAACUAUCAGUUUAAAAUGACGAAGGAUAUGAAGUUUGCGACGUUAGAAGAGCACGUUGGUAAAUCGUUUACCAGGAAAUCGUUGAAAGACGCGAGUGUAGAUCCUUUUUCCGAAAAAUCGUACAAGGUCAUGUCUAGGAAACCCGUUUUAGACGAAUCUAGACCAGAGUACAAACAGAGCCGUUGGUGCUACGAUACUCCUGGUACUAUUCAGGCGGAUCAAAUACUAAAUUUGCUAACGACCGACGAACUGUCGCUAACGUUACCGCAAGAAAUUAUCACACCGAGAACAUUUAUGUUUAAACCGAAACAGACUGUGUUUGUGGCUGGUAUGGGAAGGUUGGACUAUCUCGAAGGAGAACACUUCAUACGAUGCACGCUGUUCGCGAGCAAGUACCUGCCUAUAACGAUUUGUUGUACCGCCGAUGCGGACGAGGUCUACGAUCGAUUGUUGGGGACGAGUGCUUUCCUCGUACCUAUCGACGAUUCGGAACGAUUAAAAGUAUGGCCAAAAUUGAAGCCGAAAGAGAUUAGAGAGAUAACCGGUGUGGAUGGCGAGGAAUCCGUCGCUGACGUUGUACUGUCAAGUAUAGGUAGAUUGAACUGGUUGGAUCGCGAUCACGCCCUUGGAAAACGAAAGCGUGUCAUUAAGAGCGUGGACACCCGAAGGUCGUGGUAUAUACUUGAGAUGCCCGGCAUUGUUAAAGAAAUCGGUUACAGGUUUUUAGCGGGUUUCAAGAAAUCAGAACGGCAUUUGGAGAGCGCGAUGGUUGGCUUUGCGUAUCCAUUGCGAAUCCAUUGGGAAUCCGUUGGAUGCUGACCGGAAACACGACUUAAACGUUAAAGCGACUCGUGCAGGAUUCGCAAGAUCAACCACUUGGCGGUCGAGUAACAUCGAAAUAAAUACGUAUGUCGUGUCGAGCGACGAAAAUCAGAACGCGUCAAAUGUGUAAACUCAAGUGGAGGAUAAUGCAGAGUGUACGGUAUUAAAUACGAUACGAUAGCGUUAUCAAAGCAUGCUGAGAACAAUGUAAAAGUAAUAAAACGUUGUUAUUUAAACUCUUAAAAACACAACAAAUAUCAGCCAUCUCAAACAAGGGUUAGCUCCUUUCGCCUCGCGGUGUACAAUUUUUUCAAGUAUCUUUCCUCUUAAUGGCGUAAGUUUUCGACGGUACACAGCGGAUACGUGGUCUCGGAGAUCGAUCGAUCCAUCGCCGGUGUUCGCGCGUCGAGCGAUCCUUCGUCGAUUGCCACGCGUCGUGACAGCGUGACGACGGC